GCUGUAACGGGUGCCGGGGAAACCAGGCAAAAAUUACUCUUCCUCAAGAACUGGAACUAAGCACGAGAGUGGCUUGGGAGGCAUUUCUCCCAUGAAAACCCAACAUGUGGGGCUUUAUUUUUAGGCGGAGGAUGUGGAGGGAGAAACAGAUGUUCUCGAUGACUUAUUUUUAAAACAAAAACAUCGCUUGAGCUACAAGAUUAGCUCAGAAAAGCCACCGCUUGCCCUGAAAGAUGCUCAGAUGGAAAACUUUCCGGCAUCUCCAUUCUCAAAGCGGGUGGAAUAAAGGCUCUGCUCUUGCGAAGCUGAUCGUCCCUCGCCUACAAAGGACAGUUAGAUGCCACCCAAAGGACGGUUAAGUCCUCCUAAAGCUCCUGUCGAACCAGCAGCGUGGCCACGCAAAAGCUGAUCUCGCUAAAGGAACCAAGGGGUCCCUCUUCCCUCUGGCCUGGCCACCGAUUGCAUUUCCCUGCCUCCUCGCUCACCUCUAAUCUGGGCUUGGGAGGACUCACCCUGCUCCCAGCCGGUGGCCCCAGCUGGUAGCUGUGGGGGUCAGCACAGGGGCCCCCUGACCCCACUCUUGCCAUUCCCCCAAGCUGGGUGCCAGGGCCAUGCUGCUGGGGCUCCUGCUGGCCCUGCUGGGCUGUGCUGCCGCGCUGGAUCCUGCCCUGCAGGAGGCCUGGGAAGGGUGGAAGAGCCUCCAUGCCAAGGAGUACCCGGAGGAGGCUGAGUCUGCGCGUAGGGAGGUCUGGGAGAAGAACCUGCAGCGCAUCCAGCAGCACAACCAGGAGGAGUCACAGGGGCAGCACACCUUCCGCCUGGCCAUGAACCACCUCGGGGACCUGACGGAUGAGGAGUUUAACCAGCUCCUGAACGGCUUCACCCCAGCAUGGCAGGAGCAGCCAGCACUGCUCUUCCAAGCGUCGGCAGUUCUGAAGACCCCAGCAGAAGUGGACUGGCGGGCGAAGGGCUACGUGACGCCUGUAAAGAACCAGGGGCACUGCGGGUCAUGCUGGGCAUUCAGUGCUACGGGGGCCUUGGAGGGGCUUGUUUUCAACCGGACAGGGAAGCUGGCAGUGCUGAGCGAGCAGAACCUCAUUGACUGCUCCCGAAAGCUGGGCAACAACGGCUGCCAUGGUGGCUACAUGACCCACGCCUUCCAGUACGUGCACGACAAUGGUGGCUUGAACUCGGAGCACGUCUACCCCUACACAGCCACGGACACUUCCAGCUGCCGAUACAACCCCCAGGACAGGGCAGCCAACUGCUCCACCAUCUGGCUGGUGGCCCAGGGCAGUGAGGUGGCACUGGAGCAGGCGGUGGCAGCCGUGGGCCCUGUCUCUGUGGCAGUAGAUGCCAGCAGCUUCCAAUUCCACUUCUACAAGUCAGGCAUCUUCAGCAGCAUGUUUUGCAGCCAGCGAGUGAACCACGGGAUGCUGGCCGUGGGUUAUGGCAUGAGCCAGGAGCACGGGCGCAACAUCAGCUAUUGGAUCUUAAAGAACAGCUGGUCAGAGGUGUGGGGCGAGCAGGGCUACAUCCGCCUGCUGAAGGGCACCGACAACCAGUGCGGCGUGGCCAACCAGGCCAGCUUCCCCAUGCUGUGAGGGCAUCCCUCCCUGCCGGGCAUCUCUCCCUGCCCUGGCUGCAGACCCACGGCUUUUUCCUUCUGGACAGGGGCUUUUGUUUGCAUGUGGUGAGAUGCAAUUAAAAGCAGCACGGCUAAUCGCUCUGUGCCUGCAAAUGCUGGCCGGGCAGGGUUUGGUGGCUGAAGCAAGGCUGAUGCCACCAGGCCUUUUCCCAGCGGGAAAGGCAAAGCUCCCUCACGCGAUGCCCCGUGGUCCCCUGCACCUUUCCCCCCAGCCAUCGCCCUCCCCCCCUGCGGCCUUUUCCUUCCAGCUGAAUCCCACCAGCCAGGGAUGGAUGUUCUGGCCACGGCUCUGCCCCUGUAUGCCCAGCUUUGUAAAAAAUAGGUCUUUACACCAUUAAACCUGCGUGGCGAGGCCGAAAAGGAACUUUA